AUGUAUAUUCCGCAUGAUUACCAGCUGUAUCUCAAGCGCGCCUCGGCGACAACAGCAGGCAGCGGUAUAGCGGUCGGUGGAAUCGUUGCGAAGAACAGCGGCGGCGAUGAGCGAAGCACCCGGUUCAUUCUGGGCUUCGGCAUCGGCGUCCCCAUCCUGCUCAUCCUCAUUGGCGCCGUCUGGUAUUUCCGGCGGCGACGAGCGCGCAAGGCAGCGGUCAGCGCAAAGAAGAAUAUGGGGAACGGAGGAGUGACAAGGCCGAAACAGGGAUGGAAAAGGAAGCGCAAGUCGCGCUGGCGAGGAUUUGGCUGGCCGGAGCGUCUGAAGCCUGUCCCUGCACCAGCAGCAUAUCGCAAGUCUGACAAGGAUAUACUGCCCACCAUGUUAUGA